AUGGCAGACCCCCUAAGCAUCACUGCCAGCGCGAUUGGUGUGAUAACCGCGGCUUUCCAAAGCUGUCAGGCUCUGAAUGGGCUCGUUUCCAGCUGGGCCAAUGCUCCAAAAACCUUGAAGGACCUUCGGGGCGAUCUCAGCGCCCUCCAAAAUUUGAUCCAAUCCUUGCAACGUGAGGUUGCUACUUCAGAUGACCUGUCCGCUGAGCAGAGGACAUGCAUUCUCGAGCUCGUGCCUGCGAUAGAAAGCUGCAGAGAUGCGUGCGAAGGAUUCUCGGCGAGGGUAUCCCGGGCAACCUCUCACUCGAAGGAUGAUCAAGUCGCCUUCCUUGACAGGGCACGGCUGUAUCUGGGCGAGAAGGACAUCCAGACUUUCAAGUCACGCCUUGGGGACUGUAAGCAAACUCUGAAUGUCGCUUUGGGAGUGGUCACACUCAACACAAUGUCCAAGACCCGAGAACAGAUCAACGAGAUGGAGACACAAACUGUCAUGACGUUGAGCAGUCUCACGGGGAAACUGCAAGGCAUCGAGCUCGCUCUCCAAGCUUUCCAAUCAACCGAAGUUGCGAUCGGCAGCAACGACGUAACACAAGUGCUCCAGGUGUUGAAUGAUCAUGACCGUAUGCUUAGGCAGUGCCUGAAGGUUUGCACAAGCGGACUGGGAGAGACAGCAAAGACGACGGGGACAACUGUGAAAUAUGCUGAGACGUUGGAUCAGGCUCGCCAAUUUAUUGGAAAUAUUGGCGACGUUGGGAAUGGCGGGCCAGAGACCAACGUGGAGCAUGGCCAGGCAAAAAAUGAAUCGAGGCAGGUGAUUGGCAAUAUUGAUGCGAGCUUUGCACGCGAUUACUUGUGUUAG